UAACCAGUGAACCAAUACAGCUCGAGAAUAGAGGUCCGAUCCGGAACAGUCUUGAACCAGGAACGGGCACAAGGGGAAAACCCACCGACGUACGUACAGGAAUAAAACAGGGACGUCACAUUGACCCGAGUACAAGAUCAAAUUCUAUUCGAUUUGAAUGUCAGUUGGAUAACGAGACUGCGGUGCAUAUUUUCAUUUACAAUUAAUAUAUUCAGUUGAGGAUUCUGACGCGGAUUGUAAUUGCAACAGGAAUACUAUAGUGCAGGUAGGUUACUUUACGAUCGUGCGACUAUAUUAGCUUCAUGAGGUACAGUAGCUGACGAGAUGGAUGGAUCUAAACUACAAGGUCUGUUAUGUCCUAUGUGUUUUGACAUCCUCACAACAGCGACAACUCUUAAAUGUGGGCAUUUUUUCUGUAACAGCUGUAUAGAUGCGAACAGCGAGCAGAAGGAUGAUGGCGGACCUGUAUGCCUUUUAUGCAGAGAAGAGAACCUCACAUCAGGGUCAACGGGGAGUGGACAAAUGAAAUCAAGCGAGAAAGAGUCUGCGGCAGGACAGAGCGGCGCAGAUGAUCUUCUAGGAAUGGAUAACCUUAACCUGGGGAAGGAGGCAGCAACAAGUGCAGAUAAACAAAACGCAAAGGCCUCUGCAGCUGAUGGUGUGAAGAAGACAGGAGACCAACCGGAAGCAGCUAGUUCGAAAUCCGCUAUUCCUGGAGAUGUCGGAGACAAUGCUGCAAAGGUCGUCACGGUUGUCCAAAUACCACGUCGAUCGUGUAACGUGAAUGGAAUGGCAGCUCAGUCCAAGGAUUCCGUGGUGGUAGGAUUCGGGUGGGAUGGGAAAGGGUCCGACUGCUUUUCGGUGUCCGGUGAUAAAACCCAACACUUAAAGGCUGCAGUGGGUAACGUCUGUGACAUUACGUUUCUCUCUGAUGGUAAAUCGGUUGUGUCUCUCGGUAAUAAUACAGGACGUGUGUACGACUUGGACGGUACACAAACAGACACGAAAUACACGUUUAUCCAGGGGUUGGGACAUGCGUGCUUAUGCACUGACCAGCAAGAUAACGUCUAUGUCGUCAACGGGAAUCCUUCGAUCUACAUCUUCAAAGGCAACACCAAGGAUCCACAUACCGUUGUCCCAACCGGGGAGAUCCUACCGUUACAGGUCUGUGUCACCAAGACCGGCGUGAUGAUCACAUCCACCUGUAACUUUACACGCGGCCGGAUCACGGUCUACGACAAGACAGGUAGUGCUGGUAGCUCCAUUGUUGCAGCAGGUUCCGACAACGACGAGGACAAUGAAGAUGGCGAAUGCCUCUACGCUGCAGUGGACGACCAGGAUAGGGUGUUGAUAGCGAGGGUAAGGCGUUGGUCCAGUGUGGUUUCGCUGACCAGGUACUCUCUUGAGGGUACGAAGCUCGUUGAGGAAGUGGCCUUUGGCGAUGUCACCAUCCCACAUCAGAUUGAUAUGGCUUGUUGGUGUUAUAUCGUCACUGUAACACCCAAGAUGGUUGUCUUUGCCAACGAUUGCUUCUUGUCUUUCAUAGAGCUUCCAGAGUAGGCUUUAAUGUCUUUCACCCUCGCCCACAGUUGGAAAGUUUUUCAGUGGUCGAGCCAUCUUUAAAAUGGAAUUUAUUACAAGCAGGGCCCUUGAAAGAGAGGGCUCGACCAAUAUCCCGAUUAGAUUGCCGCCAAAAACGGAUUAUUUUCCAAUGUGCAUUUUAUACCUUCUUAUACCACCGAUUACAUGAAUAAUACUGUAACAGUCAGUCUUUCAUUUUUGUAGUCUCUAACCAUUAUUUGUUAUUAUAAAAACAUAAUCGAUGUUUCUUCCAAUGUUGUACAUGUAUCUUAUGAUGGAAAUCACUUGACAUUUAUAUUGAUCUGAUCAAAAUGCAAACAAGUAUUACAAAUCAGAUAUCUGCAUCUAAUGGACAGGUUUUUAUGACUCACAUUUCUUUGAAUUGGGCUACCAAAUCAACAUUCUAUGUAAGUGAUUAAAUGUUUGUGUGAUGUGAAAAAUGGUAAUUAAAGAAAUUAAAGACGUGUGUUUUAGCAACAGAGGAUUAUAGUCUUUAUAAUCAUAUUACUUUUGAUACAAAUUCUCUUCGAAAGGACAAAUUUCACUUCAACAUUGCACUGUUCUUUCAGCACAUAGAACAGUCAGUACAUAUUAAUAUUUGCAUUUUAAAAAUAUCCUUUAUAUUGUCCACAUCUCUUACAUCACGGACUUUUAACUUGUUUUUAACUGGAAUAACCCAUUGAGAAUCUGGUGCAUGACACAUCUGACACGUCAACAAAAUAAUUGCCUUUGGCAUCGAAACUGUCACAGGUAAUUACUGACAUUGGCGUGUUAAGAGGCCAAUUUUCUAAUAAGGUUAUUUUUAAUCUUCAUUUACAUUAUGAUCUUGAUGCUGUCUAGUCUGUGCUCAUUAUCGUUAAACGAUAAUCCAAGAAACUUACAUGUGUUCUGGAUUCAGUUCUAGGUUGUACUUCGUAAACCAUAGUAACCUUAAGAGGUCUGUCAGUAUGCAUCAUAAUAAGCUAAAAAAACAACACGCAGUUUCUUCUUUUACAACUCCGGUUUUCGUCUAUAGUUUUGUUUAUUUCAACCUUCUAUGUUAUGUCUUUCAAGUUUAUUUAUUUGCAUGCACGUCUGUAAUAUAUACAAUAUACUACUUUCAGAGACCAUUAGAAAGUAUAAUUUAAUGAUAAUGAAGAUGGACGAUUGUGUGAAAUUAUAUAAUUACGUUCGUAGGACAUGUCGUUCAAUUCCAUGUAUAUACAUGUAUAUCCUUCGAUAUGUGAACAUACAAUGUAAAUACACAUGUUUAUUAUGAAUCACGUAUAUAGUACAUUAUUUGAAUAGGACGAAUUAAAUAAAUCACACUGAACUAA